CUGACCUUCACACCAACGGCCACCUUUCAUCUUGUCCUCUACCAGCUCAGAGCGGCAAUCUACACACCAUACACAGUGCUACCAAACACCAUUACAUCCUUCUCAAUAUGGCAUCACCGCAACUCAAAGCCGUAAUCUUCGACAUUGGGGGCGUCGUGGCGCGCAGUCCCUUCGUUGCUAUCGCUGCGUAUGAGCGCAAGCACAAGAUCCCCGAGAACUACCUCAACUGCUCUAUUGUCGCAAGGGGACCGCAAGGCGCCUGGCAGCGGUUCGAGCGCGGAGAGCUCCCGCUCCUUGAAUUCUACAAGGCCUGGAGUGAAGACCUAUCAGACACCGUGAACGGAAACAAGUGGUAUACGGCAUACUGCCGUCGAAAAGGCAUUGAAACGCCGCAAUUGCCGACAGAGCUGAAGAUAGAUGCGCGAGAGCUGUUUGGCGAGAUGAUGCGCGAGUCCGCCGAGCUCGACCCUCACAUAGUUAGAGCGAUUCGGCGUAUACGGGAAACUGGACGUUACAAGGUCAUCGCACUCACCAACAAUUAUGCGUCAACGGUAACGCAAGACGUACCCUCCACGGAGCUUGCCUUCCUGGGAUGGCAGAACGGGGCGAUCUCGCAAGACCUUGUCGACCUUUUCGACGAUUUCUGCGACAGCAGCAAGCUAGGCAUGAGGAAACCUGAGCCCCAGUUCUACCUUCUGGCCUGCAAGCGGAACGGCAUAAAGCCAGAAGAGGCCAUCUUUCUGGACGACAUAGGCAUGAAUUUGAAGGUUGCCAAACAGUUGGGGAUGGAGACGAUCCACGUUCCCAUAGGAGGCACUCUAGACGCUGUCAGGCAGCUAGAGCGUAGGUUGGGAUUGGACCUCACGACACCCGAGGACAAGCGCGUGAAGUUGUAAGGGGGCAGGGUAAGGUCAACAGCGGGGUUUUGAGGUAGAUCCGACGGUGAACAUAGCAAAGUCACGCGAAUGGCGAUGUUUAUAGGGAACGUGUAUUCAAGGUCAUGACUUCUACGGCUCUAGAAGGGCUUGUCGGAGGCAGGAGUCUUGUCCGUGAAGUAGUUGCCCAGCUAGGAGGGUGUCAGAAGUGAUCCUCCUCUCAAAACGCGGCACGCACCAAGGGAGCCUUCGACAGAACGCGCUGCUGCAGCAGCGGAGUCGUUGAGAGCAGC